CAUUAUUUAAAGUAAUUCAUUUCGAUCAUAUUUUAUUCAUUGCUCUGAAGUUAGCUGAAACAUCACCAUCAUUAAUAAAUCAUCGACUCAACAUGAAUUCAAAAAUAUUUUUAGCUUUUGUUUUAGCUGUCAACUUAUAUGUUGUCAUUGAUGCUGCUCAAGUGUUCAGCUAUGAAGUGACUGUUAAAACGGCCGAUAAGAAAUUCGAUAGCCAUGAAGGUAAACUCAAGCUUUCCGUCAUGAGUUACGAUUCCAAAAAGACUUCACAAGAAGACUUUGUUUUGACCCCAACAGAUGUUAAGAUCAAAAAGGACAGAACUUAUACUGCAGCAAUAGCAUCUUUUGCUCCAUUGAACAACAUUACAUCGGUUUACCUUCGAUGGACUCUGGCUUCACCAUUCAAUCCCUACUAUGCAAUCAAAAAGCCAAAAAUCUAUUUCGAUUCAGUUACCCUUACCACUUCAAUCGUCAAUCCUUACACACAUGUUGCUUCAUCUCAAAGUCGCAAAUUUUGUCCAGAAAAGAUUCCGAUCGGAAUUAAACAUGCGGAUGGAGCUACUUUCAAUUCUUGUAUUUGAGCACAGUUAAUAUGAAAGUUUCACAAAGAAACCCGAAUAUCACUGUAAACUCUCUUUCUCUCUCUCUUUACAAGUUUUUAAUUAAAUAAAUUCAACAAAACAUUAAAAAGCAA